CGAGUGAAAACACGACGGCACGGAGGAAGCGGACGGCCAGAACUCCUUUUUUCACAAAAACGGGUCCAAAACGGGUGAAACUGCCAGCAAAUCCCAGGCUCGUGAGGACACUGCCGCUAGAAGUGGAUAGCCAGAAACUGGAUCGCCGCAGGUGGCGUGAAUAGGAGUUAGGGAAAAGGUGAACGAACGCGCCCGUGUGUGGGGGCUGUUGGUGGUGCUCCGGUGACCCGUUCCGCCCGCUACCAAACAAUCGAACGUUCUAUCGUCAGCGAAAACUGAAUCCACCGUAAUUCCGUCCCGCACCGUGAACGUGUCGUCCGGCAUAUUUGCACGUUGAGUUGGCACUCCCGUCGUCCCCCGUCAGUUCCUACCACAGAGCACUAGCGAAAACCCUCCCCACAGCAAAGGUUGGGUUAUCAAAACGAAUUCCUAUCUCCGGCGAGGGAAGCGUAUACUAGAAUCGGAUUAACCUUUACUCAGUGAACGUAAGCAAUUCUUAAUUGACAACAAUCCCGUACGUACCCUUUUGGAGUACUCUAGUUGCCGAGUGUGCAAAGGAAAAUCGAACAAAUGUCGGACGAAGGCAGCACCACAGCAUCCCCCGCAACGACACCAUCGUCAGCACGUCCCUUCAUGCCACUGCCGCUGGAUCUCAAUGCAGCCGAUCGAAAGAAACCCUCGAAGAAGCUCAGCUUUCUGGGUUGCCCGACCGUACCGCCUCCGUUAAAUGAUCGGACGAGGGAACGGAUACGGAUGCAGGCGGCCGCCGGUAAACUGCAGAUUGCUCCGAAUCAAACGUACGACUUUACGUCGGACGAUCUGAUCGAUGAGGGCGAGAUCGGACGGGGUGCUUUCGGGGCGGUCAAUCGGAUGAACUUCACGCACACCGGCACGGUGAUGGCGGUCAAGCGCAUCCGCUCGACGGUUGACGAGAAGGAACAGAAGCAGCUGCUGAUGGACCUCGAGGUGGUGAUGAAGUCCAACGAUUGCAACACGAUCGUCACCUUCUACGGUGCGCUGUUUAAGGAGGGCGAUUGUUGGAUCUGCAUGGAGCUGAUGGACACCUCGCUGGACAAGUUCUACAAGUUCAUUUGCGAAUGCCAGCACGAUAGCAUUCCGGAACCGAUACUGGCCCAGAUCACGCUGGCGACGGUGCGCGCUCUGAACUAUCUCAAGGAGGAACUCAAGAUCAUCCAUCGUGAUGUGAAACCGAGCAACAUUCUGUUGAAGCGCAACGGAGACAUUAAACUGUGUGAUUUCGGUAUCUCGGGCCAGCUGGUUGAUUCUAUUGCGCGUACGAAAGACGCUGGCUGUCGGCCGUACAUGGCGCCGGAACGAAUCGAUCCACAGCGAGCCAAGGGUUACGAUGUGCGGAGUGACGUAUGGUCGCUAGGAAUUACGCUAAUGGAAGUGGCCACCGGGAAGUUCCCCUUCCCAAAGUGGGGCUCUGUGUUUGAGCAGCUAGCACAGGUUGUUGAAGGUGAUCCUCCACGACUAUCUACCUCCUACAAUGGAUUGGAGUUUUCGAUAGAUUUUGUAAAUUUUGUAAAUACCUGCUUAAUUAAAGACGAACGCGAUCGACCAAAGUAUGGCAAGCUGCUGCAGCACGCGUUCAUCCAGCGAGCGGAGAAGAGCGACACGGACGUGGCGGCUUACGUGAGCGAGGUGCUGGAAUCGAUGGCCAACAAUGGCAUCACACAGUUCACUACCAAUCUGCCGGCGGAAGGGUGGAACGAUUGAACGCGUGCCACCACCAACCGAACCAUCGCCGAACUGCUGUGUGAACCGGUGUCGAUUCUGCUCACAAACACCGUCCUAGAGUCGUGCGAUACGAGAGAACCACCCGUGGGCGAGUGGCGGGCACGGAGAGCCGCGUGUGUUAAUCGAAGUGUAGAAUGCUAGACCUCUAUGGUGAAACGUAAACAGGUUCCUUCCCUGCGCGAACCCAUUUUAUCCAACCUCCUAGCACUUAGUAUUCGCUUUCCCGUCUCUCCAGUCGUUUCGUGCGUGGCAUGAGAGUCGCCAUAAGUCUAGUUAUUUCACGUGUUCUCGAAACAUUUUCCUCUUGGCCACCUUACCGCGCUAAACCGCGAUCUGCUAAUGAUGAUAACGUUCUUUCCUCCAACUUUUUGGAUUGAAAUGAGAUUAAAUCGAAAACUAAACUUCAUUCACAUUGUACAUAAGCUAAUGCGGGUCUGGAGCGGGUCUGCACUGCACAAUGCAUGCAGCAUGCACGCACGAUCACGACGAUGAUCUUUUAGGCUCGUUUUUUUUUCGAGAAGAGUUCCAAUCUUCUAGACCAGAAUUUUCUUUCCAGUUUCUCCAGUCAGUUGAACACCGACGAAGAGAACCGGUCUCGGCUCGAUGGACAAUAAGAUACACUACUUCAUAUGGUGAAAAACGAAACUCCAUUCCAACAAGGUUCAGCAAGAAAAGAAAAACAGGGCACCUCGGAACACUCGCUGCGAAACAGUUGCCGAGAUUGCGUUUCUGAGAAAAUAUCCUGGGUAGUAGAAUAUGGGAAGCACCUAGGAAGCUUAGGCAUUAGGAAGGGUUUUUUUUUCUUUAAAUAUUUAACAUAACGUACACACGUGAGUGCGCACUCACGCGAGCACACACACACUCACACAACAUAGUUGAUUGUUGUUAGUUGUUAAUGAAGGGAGUAGUAGAUCAAUUGUGAUCGCAUUUUGCAUUGAUUUCCACCUCUUUUAGGGCAGCGCAGCGCAGCCGCAGUACACUUAGUGCUACAGCUAAGCUAGAGAGGGAGCUAGACGAAUAAUUAAAUUUCCCCGACCAGCCAGCCAGCCAGCAAGCGAAAACCCUUCAAUUCAUACACCACCUGGACACAUCAAGUUUCACCACACCGGGUAGCAAUAGUAGCAGUAGUACCAACAUAGCCUGUAGUGUUAUAAUAGUAACAAAGUUCCGCUUAUACUAGAAACCAGAGGCACCAGUGGUGGAGCAAUGUUAGUUCGAUUUUUAGACAUUAAAAGGCAAAGCAGGAGCGCAAGCUAUUUGCGCGGAUAAUGUUAAAGUGCAGCCGAGUAACGUUCACGAAUGAUCCGGCAAUAGGUGAGAAGCUGCCGACGGUACAGCUGGUACUCUAUUCCUUAGCAUUACCCUUCACUCAACGCAAUACACGAACUCUUUGUUUUUUGGCUUUAGUCGCUGUUUUUAGCUUGUAUCGGUCAUGUGCCUGGGUCAUUGCGUCGAUUGCAUCCCACCCCACACACCCACACACACAAUUGAUGAAUAUACACGCUGUGUUAAGUUAGUUCUUCGACUCCUCCCUCCUCCCUUAAGCUAAUCAUACAACUAACUACGACUACUUAUUCCCCUCAAUCGUAAAUUCGCCUUACGGCGGUGAUGUUGCACGUUUUCUAAUACUGGAUACUACUUCCAUCUACUGCGCUUUGUUCUACUGUGGUUGCCUUAUGAACGUUAGAGCACGGGGGAGUGAGAGAGAGAGGAAGCAAGAAAGCAAACAGAAUGGGCUGGAGACCGAGGAUAAGAAGUGUUGAAAUGAAAGCUGGGGAUGGAAUACACAUGCUGAAGGAAAAUGUAUGCAUAAGUUAACCAAAUCGCGACACGGGGCACAUGAUUCAAUUUUCCAGGGGCACAGCUCUUUCCAGAGGAGGGAUCUGGUAGUCCAAUGGCAUUGACAUUGACAAGUGGCAAGCAGAGGAUCGCGGGCCGUGUAUUGUCCUACAUUGUUACCGUACUGCUUAACUCGUACUGCUCGAUCUGCGUGCGAUUUUCGUUCUCUCUCUCUCUCCUUCAGCCUUUAUCCGGGCGAAACCUUCCUUACUCCGAAACUCUAUUUACACACCGCGAGGUGAUUAUGACGGACCGGCGGCGAGUGGAUAACACAUUGCAAAGAGCUUUAUCGUAGUUGUUUUUGUGGUAGAAUCAAGUCAAAAUGAAAAGUAAGAGUGUGGGAUGUGCAAGAGAAGAGACAGAGAGAGAGAGAGAGAGAGAGAGAGAUUCGCCGAAAGUAAGAUUUGCGUAAGUUUUAACCGAACCGAAACUACUAUUUGGAAUACAAACGCGAUAGCUCCCGGUAAAAAAAAACGGAGGAGCAGAAAUCGAAAUCGAGAGAAGCGUUAUUAGUGCAACUAAUGAGUGAAGCAAGGCGAGUCGAGUCUGGGAAGCGAGCAGAGGAUGAGUGUAAUACAAUAAUAAUGGUAGUAAUAUUAUUAUUAAUAAUUAUUAAAAUAAUGAUAGUAAUAAAGCAAGUAGUAUCACUUAUAAA